ACCAGAACCAGGAAAAAACGGAUUCUUGGGUGAGUCAAAGACAUUUAGCGACUGGAUUUCAGGUCAGUCGCGUCCGAUCCGUCUGAUGAACAGAUGAGUUUUGACAACAUUUCUCUCGCUUCUCUUUUGCUGUAAACUUUGGGACAGGGGCGCGCUCAAGGGGGGAUGGAGCGCGCAGUCCCGGGAUCAUGUUACAGUCCCAGACUUUUCAAGGAAGGCAAGAUUUUUUUCUCUCCAUCAGAAAAGUGGGGGAUGGUGAAGGCUCUCUUGGAUGUCUUCUAACUUUUUAGAGUAGAAAAAUGCAAAGGUAAAUAGCGCGUUUUAAACAACUGCUGCGCAGGUUUUGUGCGAUGAAUGGCUUUUCAACAUCAGAAAGAAAGCCUAGAAAACUUUGGGACAAGGACGAAAAGGAAUUUCUUUGAACGAAAAGGAAAGGUUCGAUGAAGAAUCUAGGAAUUAUCCGCACUUUGGCGAGUUUGUAUUAGUUUGAAAGCCUUCAGCGCCUUACGCGCUAUUGGAAAAAGUUUUUUGGAAACAUUUGAUGAAACGUUGUUACAUUGUUGCGCCUCCAAGAUGUCCUCCAAUCGCCUAUGUCCCAUUGUUGGAGGCUUUAGGAUGCUUUGGAUCUGGGCAGCCAGCUUCAUGGCCGCCCGGGCCGUUAUCUUACACACAAAUGAAACGAUAUUCAACGACUAUUGUAAGAAAACGACAACUUGCGAAGUGCUAAAAUACAACACAUGUCUGGGUUCACCUUUGCCUUAUUCGCACACGUCUCUGGUUCUGGCUGAAGACUCAGAAACUCAAGAGGAAGCCUUUGAGAAAUUGGCCAUGUGGUCUGGCCUGAGAAACGCUCCUCGCUGUUGGGCUGUGAUUCAGCCAUUGCUGUGUGCCGUGUACAUGCCGAAGUGCGAGAACGGAAAGGUCGAACUGCCCAGCCAACACCUGUGCCAAUCUACACGCACACCGUGCAGUAUUGUUGAGCAGGAAAGAGGCUGGCCUAACUUUCUCAAGUGUGAAUUCAAGGACAAAUUUCCUAAGGGUUGCCAGAAUGAGGUUCAGAAGAUCAAGUUCAAUACAUCCGGACAGUGUGAGGCUCCUUUGGUCAAAACUGAUAUCCAAGCCAGCUGGUACAAGGAUGUGGAGGGCUGUGGGAUCCAGUGUAACAAUCCCCUGUUCACAGAGGAGGAGCACUCUGACAUGCACAGCUACAUCGCUAUCUUUGGAUCCAUCACCCUCUUAUGCACCUUCUUUACUCUGGCCACAUUUCUUGCCGACUGGAAGAAUUCCAACCGUUACCCUGCUGUCAUCCUCUUUUACGUCAAUGCUUGUUUUUUCAUCGGUAGUAUUGGAUGGCUCGCUCAGUUUAUGGAAGGAGCUCGCAAAGAGAUUGUGUGCAAAAGUGACAACACCAUGCGGCUUGGAGAGCCAUCGUCCACCGAGACGCUAUCAUGUGUGAUUAUAUUCGUCAUUGUGUAUUAUUCUCUUAUGUCUGGGGUCAUUUGGUUUGUUAUGCUCACCUAUGCCUGGCACACAUCAUUCAAAGCCCUGGGUACCACUCAUCAGCCCUUGUCUGGAAAAACAUCCUAUUUCCACCUGGUCACAUGGUCCAUUCCCUUCAUACUGACUGUAGCCAUACUGGCCAUUGCAGAGGUGGAUGGAGAUUCGGUUAGUGGCAUUUGCUUUGUCGGCUAUAAGAACUAUAGAUACCGUGCCGGGUUUGUUUUGGCUCCCAUCGGAGUGGUCCUCGUCGUUGGCGGCUAUUUCCUAAUACGCGGGGUUAUGACGUUGUUCUCUAUUAAGAGUAACCAUCCUGGGCUACUGAGUGAAAAAGCCGCUAGUAAAAUCAACGAGACCAUGCUGAGGCUUGGUAUAUUUGGAUUCUUGGCCUUCGGUUUUGUUUUAAUCACGUUUGGCUGCCAUUUCUAUGACUUUUUCAAUCAGGCUGAGUGGGAAAAAAGCUUCAGGGAAUAUGUCCUGUGUGAAGCUAAUGUCACUAUAGCUCACCAGACCAACAAGCCGAUCCCUGAGUGUGCCAUCAAGAACAGGCCCAGUCUGCUUGUAGAAAAGAUCAACCUCUUCUCCAUGUUCGGCACAGGCAUCGUCAUGAGCACGUGGGUUUGGACCAAAGCUACCAUCCUUAUCUGGAAACGCACUUGGUGCAGAAUCAUUGGACGAAGUGAUGACGAGCCCAAACGCAUCAAGAAGAGUAAGAUGAUUGCCAAGGCGUUCUCGAAGCGGAAAGAGCUGCAGAAGGAUCCAGAGAAAGAGCUGUCCUUUAGCAUUCACACUGUCUCUCAUGAGGGGCCUGUGGCCGGAAUCAACUUUGACCUGAAUGAGCCGUCGAUGGAAAUGUCUUCUGCAUGGGCCCAACAUGUAACAAAGAUGGUGGCUAGAAGAGGUGCAAUCUUACCGCAGGACAUCUCAGUGACGCCCACCGGAACACCUGUUCCACCCCCAGAGGAGAGAAACAAGCUGUGGAUGGUCGAAGCUGAAAUAUCUCCCGAAAUGAUUAAAAGAAAGAAGAAAAAGAAAAAGCGGAGAAAGGAAAUGCAGCCAACAGAUCCCUUAGCGAAUGAAAGAAAUCCCACCUACCAUAGACGGGAGUUUGGGUCCAGCGCUGUGCCGCGUCUUCCGAAGCUGCCAGGUCACCGGAGUCUGGUGGCUAACCUGUGGGAGCAGCAGCAGAGACAACAGCAAGAAGAACAAGAUGUGCUUCCAGGGGCCUUCCCUGAAUUCCGUCCUUCUUGUCCUCUUCCGUACCAGGAGAGGUACGGUGGACUGGGAUACCAUCCCUCCAACCUAUGCAACAAACCCUCCAGCCUUCCCAUUGCCAAUCCCCUGACCCUUAGGAACGGCAUGCAGGAUGACUCGGGUAGCUUCCAGCAAUCGUCGUGGCAACCUAAUGGGGUUUUCCUUGGGCAGGAGCCUUCUGUAAUGGAUGCUGGCAGGACUAAUGUUGUGCCACGAGGAGAUGGCAGGAGGGGUAUUCCAAUACACUCCAGAACCAAUCUUAUGGAGGCCGAGCUAAUGGAUGCAGACUCAGAUUUUUAAAGUACUUGGAGUUGGUGCUCAUUUUUGCUCACAGACAAAAACAUGGAGCAGAUGAUGGGUUAUAACUAUGCUGGCUCCCCUAAAGAUGUCAUGCAGCCCAGUGAUUUGGAUUUCUGAACUGACAUGAUUAAAAUGCAGACAUUUAUGCAUUUAGCACAUUGAUAUGUGUUUCGACGCUGUUCCAGAGUGCCAGUUUGCUAGCGUGACUAUUAUGACAUCAGUAUGUCAUGGUGCUUCAUGAAAGAAUGCCACACAGUUCCUAAUCUUGGUUUAAAGGGAAAGUGUGUAAAUUCUGCAGCCAAUCUCCAGUCAUUGGUUGAGCCAUCAUUGCUGUUUGGUGCUUCGUGUGGAGAAAAACACAUAGGUGCUGCAUCCUAUGCUGACCUGACAGACCCAGAGCCAUUGAAAAACAGAGUUGAGACACACUUUGAUCUCGCCGCUGCUUCGUCACGUGGUUCAUGGAGCGCUCAAUAGUUCCAAACGAAUCCGCGCUGUCAACCUUGAAUGGGUUUUAGCGGGAAAGACAACAGCAACUAUAUUUGCAUACAUUUUGGUAAAUAUAUUAGCACAUUGUGUACACGGAAUACUACGUUGACUUGGGGGUGUGGCGAUAUUGGCAAAAAAAAUGAUUUCUAGAUAUUUUCUAGGAUUUUAUGAUAACGAUAAGCAGGCGAUAUUUUGCAUCCUAUAGUCUUAUGUUGUACUUGCUCCAUCUUACAUGUUACCAGGACAUUCAUUGAUGAUAUUAUUUAUAGAGAAUGGGAAAGAUUUUCUCAUCAAAUCCUGUCAUCAUUCACUCAUUCUCAUGUCAACCUUUGAGAGAUUUGUAAGAUUUGUUUAAGAACAAUGUUAACACUGAACCCCAUUGAGAUCCACAAAACCAUUGAGACAUUUCUCAAAAUAUCAUCUUUUGUGUUUCACAGAAGAGUUAUAUACAGGUUUCCGGCAACAUAAGGUUAGUAAACGAUGUUAGAAUAAAUUAUAUUUGAAUGACCAGAAAUGAUGAUAUUUUGAGUAAACUAUCCCUUUAAGGAAACUGUUUAAAUGGAAUCAUUCAAGUAGAAACACAACACAUCACUGGUGUUCGGUGAACUGUGCAGCAUACAAGCAAGAAGCACACUGUAAUAGAAAAGUAGCCCACCAAAAGCAAAAUUGUGUGGGAUGCUUAUGUUUUAGAUUAAGUUGAGGUGCUCUUUUCUUUAAAAUGGUUUCAAACAAAGUCGAACGGCUCUGCGCUGCGAGCACCUCUGUGCCCUGCCGCACCAUUUAAGAGCAGACACAGAGCUGACAGAGACAGCGUGAUCGACUAAAUUGCUAACCGCACUGUGAAUGUGUGUGCUUGACUACAGUAUUUGUGAACACUGAGUGCUGUUUUUAGUGGAGCUUAAAAAAUGCGUGACGUACUGGAUAAUAUGAUUAUUCAAACAAGAUGUAAAACAAGAAGACACAAGUUACUUCCGCAUACCAUUCUUCCAACGGACGUCAAUGCGAGUGUCGUAACUCUGUUUUUCAACAGCUCUGGACAGACCAUGACUUUCUCAUGCUUAUUGCAGAUGGACGAACCACCCACCUGAACAAAAAAGAAACUGUUCAUGCCCGUUUUAAAGGUUGCCACAGUUUUCUGCUGAAGAAAGGGAACUUGACAAAUUUCAUUAGUUGAAAAAGAGUUUAUUCAAAGCUAUUAUUUUUACUUAAAAGAAAUUGCCUGGUGCAAUACAAACAAGUCCACCUCUUUCAUUCAAAGAAGAGAAUAUGAAGGGCAUUGUUUUUGUCAUAAAAAAUAUAUGAGUUGAUUGUAUGGUAGCUGAAUCCAUUUACAUUUAUUACUGUACAUCGCUAUUAAAAAUACUAUUUUUGUACUUUGUUUUUCUUUGUUUUAUGUUAUUUCAUAUUGUACAUACUUUAGAUAACAUAUAUUUGUUUUUCACGCCCAAUGGGGUGAUUUUUACAAGUUUCACAUUUGGAAUUUUGUUUGUGCAUUUGGGUUGAGGUGUUAAGCUCAUUUACACUUUUAUUAUUUUUUCUGUCUCAGUUUUGCUUAGCUUUUUGUUAAUAUCAGUGGCAGUAUUAACAAAAACUGCAGCGGUGCAGCGUGUUAUUGACUAAUUGAAGCUGUCCUUCAAGAAUGUAUUUUUUGCAGAAGUGUUUAAAGAAAGUGUUUGUGCUGUUUGACUGUGUUGAUAUUUUCCCUCAUUGCUGAUGCUUUUGUUUCCUCAUAAAAAUGUGUGUGUUCAUGUUUGUAUAUCCCAGUGGGGACCUAAACCUGAAUGCACACCAACUCAAUGGGGACUCGUGUCACCGUGGGGACCAAAAUUGAGGUCCCCAUGGGCAAAACAGCUUAUAAAUUGAACAGAACAAUAUUUUUUAAAAAUCUAAAAAUGCAAAAAGUUUUCUAUGAUCUUUAGGUUUAGGGGUAGGGUUAGGGAUAGGGGAUAGAAUAUACAGUUUGUACAGUAUACAACUCAUUACGCCUAUGGACUGUCCCCACAGAGAUAAUAAACCAGACAUGUGUGUGUGCGCGUGUGUGAGAGAGAGAGUCUCAUUCCAAUGUAAAUAUUGUAGUUUUGACACCUUUAAUUAAUAAUUGUAUUAAAACUAAGUAAAAAAGAUACAACGUUACAGGGCUAUUUUCAGUUUCCAAAAGGCUUUGCCACCUAAAAAGGAGUUUUAUCAUGAAUUUAAUUUCAUGUCACCAAGAGUACAGUAUAUAUGUUUGUGUGUAGAGAAACAUGGUACAUCUGUGCUCCAUGCUAGAUGAUGCCGGUUUUAACAAAUGUAUUCAGAUCUAAAGGUAUAAAGCCGAGUCUUGACCUUUAAUCAAUUCAUAGCUGUCAGUGUUUUGAAAGAGUGUUAUAUUUUGUAAUUAGUUUAUACAAUAAACACAUCUUU